AGUUAACGGUGUGAGCAAUUAAGAAGUAUAAGGUUACGAUCAUAUAGGCACAUCACUGUCGUUAUUAAGUUUAUUACUGCCGCUGUUUGUUUAAUUCUAAUUGUUGUGUUAAGUUUUACUUCUUAAUUUAAGAAAAGGGAAAUUGUUCAAGCGUUUAACACAGAUUUUAUAAAUUAAAUAAAAUGCGCGAAGUAAUUUCCAUACAGAUCGGUCAGGCUGGUGUACAAAUCGGUAAUGCCUGUUGGGAAUUGUAUCUGCUUGAACAUGGCAUUAAUCCAGAUGGCAGCAUGAAAAGUAAGGAGGAUAUUCUGGCAAGUGGAAUUACUUCGACUGACGUGAAAGGUGACGGUUCUGAUGCUCGCACCUUUUUUUCUGAGACCAGCUCCGGUAAACAAGUUCCACGCUCCAUAUUUAUUGAUUUGGAGCCGACGGUAAUUGAUGAUGUACGAAAUGGGUCGUUACGUAAUCUUUAUCAUCCCGAACAAAUGAUUUCGGGUAAGGAAGAUGCUGCCAAUAAUUACGCUCGUGGCCAUUAUUCCAUUGGGAAAGAAAUUAUUGAUAAUGUAACAACACGAAUACUGAAAAUAUCUGAACAAUGUGAUGGUUUGCAGGGAUUUUUGAUAUUUCACAGUUUAGGCGGCGGUACUGGUUCAGGUUUCACUUCUCUACUAAUAGAGCGCUUAACUAGCGAUUAUAGUAAAAAAUGUAAAUUGGAUUUCGCUGUCUAUCCGUCACCAAAAAUUUCGACAGCUGUCGUUGAGCCAUACAAUGCUUUACUAAACACCCAUUCGACUUUGGAACAUUCGGAUUGCGUUUUUAUGGUAGAUAAUGAGGCUAUUUAUGAGAUUUGUAAAAAUAGUUUACACGUGGAUCGUCCGGGCUAUCGAAAUCUAAAUCGCCUUAUAGCUCAAAUUGUUAGUUCGACUACCGCCUCUUUGCGUUUUAGUGGUUCAAUGAAUGUCGAUUUAAAUGAAUUUCAAACUAAUUUGGUUCCCUUUCCUCGCAUACAUUUUCCAUUGGUGGCUUAUGCUCCGCUUGUGUCAGCCGCUCGUGCUUCACACGAACAGCACGCCAUUCCCACUUUAACUAAUGCCUGUUUCGAGUCCAGCAACAUGAUGGUGAAAUGUGAUCCGCGAGCCGGAAAGUAUAUGGCCUGUUGUAUGCUGUACAGGGGCGACGUAGUACCGAAGGAUGUGAACGCUGCCGUAGCAGCCAUUAAAUCCAAACGUCAUAUACAGUUUGUGGACUGGUGUCCCACUGGCUUUAAAAUAGGCAUUAAUUAUGAACGCCCAGCAUGCGUACCGGACGGUGAUUUGGCGCAAACGUCACGUGCUGUUUGCAUGCUCUCCAAUACCACGGCCAUUUCUGUGGCCUUCAGUAAUUUGUGCCAUAAAUUUGAUUUAAUGUUCAAGAAGCGAGCAUUUGUGCAUUGGUACGUUGGAGAAGGCAUGGAAGAGGGCGAAUUCGGCGAAGCACGCGAAGAUCUGGCUGCACUGGAGAAGGACUUUGAAGAGGUCGGUACCGAUGAAACCGAACCAGGCGUCGACGAUGACGAGUAUUAGAAACAUAAAUUUCAUGCUGAUUAAUUAAUGGCUUGCGGCUAUUGUUGAAUUUUGAGUUAAAUACAAGUUACGAAUAAAAAAAAAAAGAAAAUAACAAAAAAUGUA